AUGUCGGAUGAAUCUGGUAACUUGGAGGGCCCGGAUGCCUGCUCCAAGUCAUCGGAAGUAGAGCUUGUGAGAGGGAUUUCCUCUCUAGAGGACAGUGACUCUGAUAAAAAAGGCGGUGCUCGAAGGGCGGAUUCAGGUCGAAUGGACUCCCUCAGUAAGAGGCAGAAGAAGCCGACGCAGGAAUGGAGAGACCUCUCUCCGGAAGGUCCUGAACAACUGUCUGCAUAUGAGGAGAACCUGGACGAUGAUUGGGAGCCCUUGAGCUCGUCAACCCUCAGUUCUGAGGACACUUUCAGCGAUGAGUUGUUCUCCGCAUCGUUUGAGGAUGCUCUGGGAGCUGUAGAUCAAGAGUAUAAUGAAAGUUUGAACAAUGGGACUUUCAUGAAGCAUCUUGGGAAGAUCAACAUCACCGAAGUCAUUCUCUUCACUCUGUUCUUGCAAGGGCUUGUAAUAACAUCCUGCGAUUUGCAGGGGCUCGAUGACAAUGACGAAGUUAAACAAAAGAUCGAGCGUUCCGAGCUCGUUGCGUUUCUUGCCAAGCAUGGUGAAACUCGAGCAUGGCUGAAAACUCUUCUCUUAAAUGCAAGCACGCCACUCUCGCGUCUCUGGGAUCUGUACAGUUACUUCAACACUCUGGAAACCACACAGAAAGCAGACGCCAAAUUACUGUCAGACGGCUUCAGCUACUCUGAAGUCAAGCAGAAGAAACCUUUCAUCCAGAGCUCGUCUUACCUCGGGCCCAAAAAGGAUUACAUGUUCACAGACGGGAAAGAAGGCCGGGGAUACUACCAGCACGGGCUGUUAGAAGAGUACGUAUCCGAGGAAAAUUCGACAGAUUUGUCUAUCGUAGCCACCAGCGAUCCGGAUAAGCGCAAAAACUUCUUUGCCGUACACGAUCCUGCAACCCUGAGGGAGGAAAGCGAAGAUGAAGCUGGUGACGAGCUGUCAUUCAACGAAAGCUCAGUUGAUCCAGAAAUGAAUGCUACUGCCUGGCGAGAGAUGUACUCGAGGAUCUACGCCUCAGCCUGGAAUUCGGAAACCAAGAACAAGACAAACGAAGGCGACCCAUCUGAACAAGAGAAUGUUGAGAACGAGCAGCAACGGGAAUCGGAGGUGGACGAGGACAUGCUUGCUGUCAAGGACCUCUACAGGCUGGUACCUCCUCCAGAAGGAUGGCAAGGACGCAUCGAAGAAGUCACUGAUAAAGACUUGAAAGAUCUACCAAACAUCUCGGAAUUUGAUGAAAGGGACAGGACGGAAUGGCCUGCAGAGGAAUGGGAAGAUGUUGAUCCGGACAAGAUUGAGUGGUACAAUUACAAUGUCAACCCGCAGGGCAACGCUAGCACUCUGGACGUGUACGAUCGAGUCUAUGAAAAGCUGCCGGAUUCAAGUUCCUGA